CUAGUGCAGCCAAAUCGAAGAGACUAGUAGUUUCUACGAGUUCGCAUGAGGCCGCUGGUAACAGCUGUGUGGCUGUGUGCAGGCUCCUGCCUUACGCUGCUUGUUUGUUUGUCUUUUAAUGAACACUGAAACGGACGUAUAGUUAACUCCUCGUGGUAUCGGUAAACCGAGGCUGACGCCCUGUGUCAUGGAACACCUGGCAAAGUUCAUCCAGGUUGGGCCCUCGAAUGCACUGUUCUCACAGAUUCGGUUCAUACAGCCGAACGACGACUGGCUGUCCACACAACGCUUCAAGGCCAUUGAAGUGAAACUGUGCAAUGUCCUGGAGAAGAAACUGCCUGAUGUCGUUUCUCUGAAACCGGGAGCGCUGGAAAGCGUGAACGGCGAUUUGACUCUCGAUGACGUCAAGGUGACCUACAACAUGAAGAAACGAGCCAACCUCCCAAAGUUUGUCAUGGUGGCGCGCAAGGACGAGGCCAAGUGGGAAGCGAGGAAAGCCAAACACGUUGACGAAUCCAUCUGCAAAUUUAAAGAUUACGGUGGGAUGUUCGAAAGGAAAGCUGUGCUCAAGUCGGAAUUGACCGUAAGCAUACGGCGCUUGACGACUAGCGAAUUGGCACAACAGGCCAAGGUUCAAAACAGCCAGACGUCCCAGAACAACAGUCCACGAGGAAUCAGCAGCUAUUUCAAACCUGCCACAGUACCACGGCCAAAGACUCCUGAUGAAAAGGCAGCUUUGAAGAGGCUACUGGAUCGUAGGGAAUCGAAAAAGCGGCAUCUCAGCAGCUCCGACUCCGAAAGCAACAGUGCGAGUGAAAAUUUUGAAGCGCACAAGUCAAAACGUCGGGAAAGAAAGCUCGCCCCACCUACUCGCAGCGACAUUCGAAAGGACCCCAACAAGGCAGAAGGCGACGGCAAAAAAUUUGCUUCACUAUCACAGCCAGUUCCUGAGAAGCGCGUCCCCCUUCAAGAUGCGACCCACCAGGUAGAGGACAGAGUCUCAGCCACCCAGGUUUCCAAGUCAGCGGCGGCGGGCUCUCGAGGUGGCAGCCCAUCUGUCCGGUCAGGCUGGAGCCGCCAUCAUGACCACCGAGCCGAUGUGGCGAGAGAAGUGGCUUCAGUGGUUAUGAGGGAAGUGGCUCUGAGAGAAGUGGCUCCGAGAGAAGUGGCUCCGAGAGAAGUGGCUCCGAGAGAAGUGGCUCCGAGAGAAGUGGCUCCGAGAGAAGUGGCUCCGAAAGAAGUGGCUCCGAGAGAAGUGGCUUCAGCGGCUACGAGGGAAGUGGCUCCAAGAGAAGUGGCUCAGAGAGACUCCGACAAACCGAAGACGUCCUCACAUCGAGGAGAAAAGGAGAAGACGAAGAGCCAUGAUGCAUCAGUAGUGGUGGCGUCCUCCCGCGGCAGCAGCUCCUCUCGCGAGAAAGAGCACAAGACCCGAUCCGAGCACAAGGAGACGCGCGAGCGAAGUGCAGCGUCUCACUCUCAGAAGGCCGAGAAGGAGUCGUCAAAGUCCAGCAGAAGCGGAAAGGAGAAAGAGUCGACACAAGAGAAGAGCAGACAUCACCGGGAUAAGCGGCACUCUCCACCAAAGAAGUCAUCGUCGCACAGAGAGGAGAAGUCCUCGUCAAAGAGGUCUCACGAGCAGAAGGGUCGCGAGCAAAAGCCUAAACAAAGCAAGAUGAAGCAGGCAAACAUAAAACAGCUGCUGACAGACUGCGGCAUCGACGACUCUGACGACUCUGACGGAGGGGUGGCGCAGAAGAAGGAACGUGACGAAACAUCCAGGCGAUCGCCGGACUCCACGCAGCAGGUCGACGUAAGGGUCGUCUCGCACACGUCCAAGAGCAAUGCUUCUAAAAGGGAGAGCCUGGAUGACUUUCGGAGCAAGAAAGAGUCGUCUCAAGCUGCACCUUCAGGUACGAAGAGGCAGAAACAAGCUAAAAACGUGCUUUCCAAGAGCUUGUUCCUUGAAGACGAUGAGAACAGCGAUGAGAGCGAUGACGACAAGCCGAGGCAAGAGACUUCCUGCAAGUCGCCCACGACCGAAGAUGAUGCACCAGCUAUUGACAUGGCGAAACAAGCAGCGCGAAGUUCCCCAGAGAUCAACUCAUACGAGCCAACUCCCGUGGCAAGGCUGGCAACAGAGGCCGAAGAAGAUGAAGAAAGUGUGCCUUCAAAACCAGCUGGCACGACUGCCACCUCGGAUGACGAAGUUUCCAAGUUGACGAGAACACCGCCACAUCGAGAGUCUUACAUGCCUUCCUACCGGCGGACACCGACAAUGCCUGAGGCGUCAUACAAUCCAUCAUCACCGAUAAGACAGGAGGAGAAACGCAAGAAGAGAGACCCGGCAUUCGAGUACAUACCCUCAAGCAUUGGGUCUUCGAGUGCUGCAAAGCCUUCACGCGGUCGUUAUGAGGAGUACGUUCCAGAGGCCGUCAACCGCUCCGCACGGCACCAGCAGUCGACCUUGGAGUACAUCCCAACGUACAUCCCGACGCCCAAACGGGAGACGAAUUCCGCCGUUUCCACAACAACAUACUCUUCUUCCCCUCUGCCAGAGGUGCCUGAAACCAAGAACCAGCCCGCAAACACAUUUGUGCCGUCUUCCAGGGUGGAGCGAGAAAUUCGGAACGCAAGAGACGUGAAAGACCUGGAGGAGAGACACUUACGUUACCUAUUCCAGAAGAGUUUGCCCGAAAUGGAAGGAAUUAUCGCGGGGAAGGUUGAAAGCUGGAGGCGCAGCGAUUACUACAAGGGUGGAAAGGCUAAAAGGAUGCUCACCUACCAGGUGUUCUUCUCGCCGUUCUCUGACAAACAGAUGGGCAUCAUCAUGAACCUCUUCAUGGAGGAGUACAUUCAGAAGGGAGUGAAUGGGGACUACUUGAACCAGGUUCUCAUGCCGGAAUUCUUGAUACGGGUGUUCAUGGCAAACAAGGGAACCAGUCCAGAGGAGAGUGACCGGCUCAUGUCAGAGAUGCCCUUCAUCCACAACAUUCCGCGGCUUUGAGCACACUAGUGAGCAGUAGCGAGUACAGUAGUCAUUGAAUUGAUUGCAAAAAGUCAAGUGGUGGGUUUAGUGACAUCAUUGCUCUUUCAUUCAUUGUAAGGUUGAUUGCCAAAAAAAGAAAUUGUGAUAAUGGAAGCCAAGUUUAAACUGAGUUGAAGAAGCUUCUGAGAGCUGCUUUUCCUCAUCUAAUUUAACCCCUUGGUGACCGGAAGAGCCGGUAGCCUGGCCGAGUUUAAAAGCGCAGACAAUGGUUGUGCAGGAAAAUGGCUGCUGGUGUCACAAUCUGUUGUGGCCUAAAUGCUUAAGUCGCAUUUUAUUUUAAUGUAACUACUACGAGCAACUUUGUGCAUCCUCUUUUUAAAUCACAAUGUGUAUUUAUCUGUAGUAGGAUUGCUUUUACUGGCUAUGUGGGACUACAUAGUUUACAUCUGUGAUAUGCUGCAAACCGCAGAACAGCUUCUACUUUAUGAGUAGGAUGGCAUUUAGUUGAUCUUAAACCAAAGAGCAUGUAUGUUUUUGUAUUUGUUGCAAGAAUCGAUGCAACCGUGUGCCCUGGCCGAGCCUUUUUUGUUUGUGUUGCAGAGUUUAGGACUUGUGUAAUGUUAACGCUUUGUAUGUACACAUAAUUGUUAUGCCAACAUUUUUCAAGCAAUAAAUAUUUCAAGAUAUUAUAAA